AUGAUGUAUUUGUUCAAUUUACCCAAUGUUCUUGCAUACUGGUAUUUAAUCAUCCCAUCAGUUGUGUUGAUCCAUGUCUUGAUCAUCUACAUCCAUUCUCAAAUUAUUAUGCGCAAACUCGGGGCCAAACCAUUUACAAACUCCGUCAAUGGUGGGUUUUUUGGAUUUGGUCUUGGUAAAAGAUCAGUCAUUGCCAAAGCCAAUGGAAAAUCACCUGAAUUUUAUCAAUCGAUAUAUGACCAGUCACCACAUCCCCAAGUGCCCACAGUCAAGUCAUUUAUGUUUGGCACACCACUUGUGUUUACUAAAGAUCCGGAAAAUAUCAAAGCCAUCUUGGCUACCCAAUUUCAUGACUUUGAUAUUGGUAAUCGAAUUGAUUUUUUGGGGGCUUUGUUGGGUAAGGGGAUAUUCACUUUGGAUCAUCAAGGUUGGAAAGAUUCAAGAGCAAUGUUGAGGCCGCAGU